GCUGCUGAAGGUUUCUAGUUUUGUCAGCUGCUCGGUUCUGAAAGACAUCUCAGUUACUGAAUGGAGAGCUGAGGGAGGGAAAGGAGGGAACAGAAGAUGAGUGCGGAAACAGAAGGAGUGCGUAGAGAGAAACAGAACAGUCAAAGCGAGAGCGACGAUGGCAGAGAGCUCGCACUGUUUCUACUGUCGGGAGGACCUCGGGGGAAAGAGAUUCGUCCGCAACGAAGGCAAGCCGGUGUGCGUCCGCUGCCACACCAAGUUCUGCGCCAACUCCUGUGCCGAGUGCCACCGACCCAUCCCUGUGGAAUCAAAGGAGCUCAGCCAUAAGGGCCGGUACUGGCAUGAAGAGUGUUUCCGUUGUUCAAAGUGUUACAAGCCUCUGGCCAAGCAGCCCUUCAGCACCAAGGACGACCGCAUCAUGUGCGGAAAAUGCUGCUCCAGAGAGGAUGCGCCACGCUGUCAUGGCUGCUACAAACCAAUACUGGCUGGCACAGAGAGUGUUGAGUACAAAGGGAACUCGUGGCACGAUGAGUGUUUCACCUGUUGCAGCUGUAAACGGCCACUAGCAUCAGAGAGUUUCCUCUCCAAAGGAAACGAUUCUUACUGCAACCCCUGCUAUGACAGAAAGUUUGCCAAACACUGCGUCAGCUGCAAAAAGCCUAUAACCUCUGGAGGAGUGAACUACCAAGCUCAGCCGUGGCACAGCCACUGUUUUGUGUGCAGCUCCUGCUCAAAGCCUCUGGCAGGGUCGAGUUUCACCAACCACCAGGAUCAGGUCUUCUGUGUCGACUGCUACAAGAGCUCUGUGGCAAAGAAAUGCAGCGGCUGCCAAAACCCCAUCACAGGUUUUGGUAAAGGAGUGAACGUGGUGAACUACGAGGGCAGCUCCUGGCAUGAAUACUGCUUCAACUGUAAGAAAUGCUCCCUCAGUCUGACCAACAAGCGUUUCGUAGCCAAGGGGAACGACAUCCUCUGCGCCGACUGUGGCAACAAGUAGAGAUGGGGAACCUGAUCAGCGGUUUAUAUAGUCAUCAUGUUUUUCUUUUUCUUUUUACUUAAAGGCCAGAGUCUCCAUUUCAAUUAUCUGUUUGAUAUUUGUUGAGUUUUUGGGAAAUUACCCACAACGUGAUGAAACAUUGGGACCAAAAUGUAAUGUGUGUCCACUGUUGUUUGCUCUGAUGCUGUAUGCUAACACUAACAUACACUGUGCUGACUGAUGGUAAUCACUAGCUUAGUACUAAAAGUUAGAAACCACCUUAUUAUUAUGUUAUUAGUAUUAUACUAAAACACUUGUAAAGACGGUGUAACAUUGUGUUUUGAACAUUAAUGAAUGCAUUACUUGCCUGAAAUACUAAAAGUCGAUCAAUACUGAGGUAACAAGGCUGUGUAUGAUUCCACAGGUCAUGUAAAACAUUUUCAUUUUGAAGAGGUCCCGUUUUGUUAUGGACAACAAUGCAAAGAGAUUCUUUAUGAGCUGAUGGUUGAGAGUCAUCACUUUCAUUCAACACGAUGUAUGCUAAAGUGUUAGCAUAAAGCUAGAGGGCGCCAUGUAUUUUUUUAAAGUUGAGAAAUCAAUGCUUGUAUGUUGCAUGUUAGGUGAAAUUUUAAAUAAAUACAUGAAUUAGGAUUGUUUUAAAUGUUUUGUUAGCACAAAAAUAAGUGCUUAUGUUAGUGGCAUUUAUGUUUUUAAAAGGUGACAUGACCAAAACGUGUCUGUUUUUUUAAUAACCAAAAUGAUAUCUAUAUUUGUAAUUGCUUGUUGCCAAAGGAUUACUAUGCUUAUUGUAUGUUUUAAGUAAAUAAACUUUUAUGCACUUUUCUUAACCAUUUUCCCUUCAAUGAAAGAGGGAAUUUAAACAUCAAAAUUGAAAUAUAUGCUUAAGUGUAUGCCUUGAUUGCUAAAAUUAAAUAAACUUUAUAUAAAA